AUGCGUUGUUCGGAACUUCAAUACGAUAACAAUGGAAAGCUUACAAUCAACUUCGACUAUAGAAAUUCCACAGCUGUGUGUAACCUUUCACAAUAUGCCUCGAGCGUCCGAACAAUACACUUCAAAAUCAAAUUCCCAACCCCGAACUGCAACGACUCUGAUCUUCCAAGGGUCACAGGAGAAAUCGAGGAUAUUGUCAAGGUCAUCAACAACGAAUUCACAAACGUGUCCCAAUUCGAUGUAACGUUCUUCUUACACAGACUCGAUGUAAAUCAGCUUUCGAGUGCUCUUGCCUUUCGAAGACUUGGUCUCAGAGGAUGCAAAUUGACUUACUUUGUCGAAGGUGAGUGGACAGAUACAGUUGAUAUAGAUUCGGACUGGCUUGAAGACCUUGAACCUAUAUAUGGCGCGCCGAAUUACAGUAACUAUUAUCCCAGCGAUAGCGAUGAGGGGGAAAUAUGGAUGGCCUCGGACUCGGAGUAG